AUGGCUCGAAAAAAAGCCCGCUCUUUUUUUAAGCAAUGUAAAGAUUAUGUAAGAGGAAUUACAAGAGCAAGAAAAAAAAAAUUACUAGAGAAAUUGUUAGAAAAGGAACAGAAAGAAAAACAAAGAAAAGUACAAACGAAAGUUUAUUUUGAAGAAGUUUUUGUAGAUAAACAAUUCAAAACUGAAAAACAUAACUCUGAAGAAAACAAGCCUGAAGAAGUUUUUGUAGAUAAGCCACUUAAAGAACUCAAAACUGAUAAACAUAACUCUGAAGAAAACAAGCAUGAAGGCAUUUUCACUGAAGUUUUUGUUGAUAAGCCAAUUAAAGAACUCAAAACUGAAAAACAUAACUCUGAAGAAAACAAGCCCGAAGUUUUUGUAGAUAAACAACUCAAAACUGAAAAACAUAAUUCUGAAGAAAAUAAGCCCGAAGAAGUUUUUGUAGAUAAACCACUUAAAGAAUCUGAAAGGCAAGAUGAAACUGAAAAACGUAACUCUAAAAAAGAAUUUGUAGAAAACGAGCUUAAAAAUCAAGAAAACAAUCCUGAAGGACAAAUUCAACUUUGGUGUGGACAUUGUAAUUAUUCAUAUUGUAAAUGCCGGCCAUCUUAUCGAAGCUCGGAUGGAUAUUGCCCAGAAUGUGGUUAUUAUAAAUGUCGUAAAAAGAGGUUUAGUAAUAAAAAAUCCGGGCCUCAUAUAUUUGAUUAUAAAGGCAGAUUAGUUAAUAUUAGGAAAAAAAGAAUACCACAUUAA